UGAAAACCGUAUAGGAGGCCUCUGUGGGUCCCUAGACCCCAUGUUGGACACCUCCGGCACAGAUAAAACAGCGCAGAGUUCAACAAGGCCGUGCAGAUUAAGCUUCUAUAGAAACACUGCAGGAUUUUUUUCAAUGGGACGGCUGACAGCCUACUACCGUACUCCUCCAAUGAGUGUGUGACUCAUAAAUUGGGUCGGCGUUAGGACCCGGGAGAGCAGGCUGCCACAGAGGCAUUGCAGACUGCGCGUUUGGGAGGUGUAGUGGAAGAAAGGCAAGAGAGAAACGGAGUAAAUGAGAGCACUUUUGUCCAGAUUGUUGAAGGACUUAUCAACUUAAUAUACCGCCGAAACAGCUCCCUAUAAUGAGACGGACACAUUGUUGAAUUCCUGUCCAGGUAAAUGUCCGCGUUUCCUUCGCAUGGUUAACUACAAGAGGUCGACAGCUAGACAGGGUAACCACCAUUGAGAAGGCGGCUGUAAACCCCAGGACCCCGUCUCUAGGCUCCUGUACAGGGCUGUGUGAAGGAAACUUGGGAAACAAAGCUGUGUCUCUUCCUGCGGGAAACCUGGAUCCUCCACCCUGCCCACCAACAUGACCAAUGUGGUGAUUGUCAAGGAGGGAUGGCUGCAUAAAAGAGGAGAAUACAUCAAGACCUGGAGGCCAAGGUAUUUUCUCCUGAAGAGUGAUGGUACAUUCAUUGGCUACAAAGAGCGACCGCAAGAUGUUGACCAGCUGGAAACCCCCUUAAAUAACUUCUCUGUAGCACAGUGCCAGCUGAUGAAGACGGAACGGCCCAAACCCAACACAUUUAUCAUCCGCUGCCUGCAGUGGACCACUGUCAUCGAGCGCACCUUCCACGUGGAGACCCCCGAGGAGAGGGAAGAAUGGACUAAAGCCAUCCAGGCAGUGGCUGAAGGCCUGCAGAAACAAGAGGAGGAGAUGAUGGACUCCUCUCCGGACCCCAUGGACAUGGAGGUCUACCUUACCAAACCCAGACACAAAGUGACUAUGCACGACUUUGAAUACCUCAAACUCCUGGGAAAAGGCACUUUUGGCAAAGUUAUCCUGGUAAAGGAGAAGGCCACAGGACGCUACUAUGCCAUGAAGAUCCUAAAGAAAGAGGUGAUCGUAGCAAAAGAUGAAGUGGCGCACACACUCACAGAGAACAGAGUCCUCCAGAAUUCAAAGCAUCCGUUCUUGACAGGACUGAAAUACUCUUUCCAGACAUAUGACCGCCUGUGCUUUGUCAUGGAGUAUGCAAAUGGCGGUGAGCUUUUCUUCCAUCUGUCAAGGGACCGGGUAUUCUCAGAGGAGCGGGCACGGUUCUACGGUGCAGAGAUAGUGUCAGCGCUGGACUACCUUCAUGCUGAAAGAAACGUGGUCUAUCGAGAUCUAAAGCUGGAAAACCUCAUGCUGGACAAAGACGGACACAUUAAGAUCACAGACUUUGGCCUGUGUAAGGAGGGGAUCAAAGAUGGUGCCACCAUGAAAACUUUCUGUGGGACGCCAGAGUACCUUGCACCUGAGGUACUAGAAGACAACGACUAUGGCCGCGCUGUGGACUGGUGGGGUCUGGGAGUGGUGAUGUACGAGAUGAUGUGCGGCAGACUGCCCUUCUACAACCAGGACCACGAGAAGCUGUUUGAGCUCAUCCUCAUGGAAGACAUCCGCUUCCCCCGGACACUUGGUCCCGAAGCACGCUCGCUCCUCUCCGGUCUUCUCAAGAAAGACCCAAUGCAGAGGUUAGGUGGAGGGCCUGACGACGCCAAGGAAAUCAUGCAGCACAAGUUCUUCGCAGGAAUUGAAUGGCAAGAUGUUUAUGAAAAGAAGCUGGUCCCGCCGUUUAAGCCCCAGGUUACCUCGGAGACGGACACGCGAUAUUUUGAUGAGGAGUUCACAGCACAGACCAUCACAAUUACACCACCCGGACAAGAUGACAGUAUGGAGUCCUUCGACAGCGAGCGGAGACCCCACUUCCCCCAGUUCUCCUACUCUGCCAGUGGGACGGCCUAAACGACUCUCAAACAUUCCUCUGGUCCCACUGUCUCCCCCCUCACCUCCACCCCACCCCACCCGACUGCACUCUCAAAAAAAAAACAAGAAGAAAAAGAAAAAGAAAGAAAGAAAGAAAGGAAAAAAAAAAAGAGGCCGGGGGCCCAUCCUCCAGCCCCGUCCUCCCAGCAUGCAUUGUCUGCAGAUGCCGUCGUUGGAUGUCACAUUUACAAUCUGAAAGUUGUGUUUUUCUUUUUUUUUUUUAACAGGAAGGAGGAAAUACAAGACAAAACAAAGAUAACUGUGGUUGUUCUGUGUGGCCUGUGAAGACUGACCACAGAGAGAGAGUUAACACUACCCUGCAUUUCCUGGUUGUUAUGUUGUAUAUUGAGCAGGCAUCCAUACACCAUAAUGAACAGGGAAAUGUAGUUAUGUUAUGCACAAAUUAGGCCACUGCGACAAAUUUUGAAAAGGGCCAUUUUGUAUUGAUCGUAUACAAUUAAAUACGAACCAACCAUUUCAAAUAGAAAUAGGCAUACUGUGGACCAAAAACAUCAUGUGAGCAGAGAGUGUGUGUGUUGUUGAGUGGGUGAUUAAAACCAUGUUUUUCCUCUAUAAGACUUCUGAACAAUUCAAAAAAGAAAAAAAAACAAAAAAAACAUUCAGACCAAGACGUUUUUUGGCUUCAAAAGUGAAUGUACCGUAUCAAAUAAAGUCAAUCUUUCUGCAUACUCACAUGUUGUAACACAUGGCUGAUUCUCCUAAGACUGAAAUGCCAUCUUCUGGAGAGAUUUUUUUUUUUUAUUGCUUUUCUACUGCCCUGAUGCAAAACUUCAACCAGUCAGUCUGUUGUAUUAUCACAAUGUGUCUGAUAAAUCAAUUGUGCAAUACAGUCUGAUGUGAGGAAUGGCAGACAUGCAAAGAAUGCAGAGUGAUUAAUCAUUAAGGUAAUACAGGCCUGCAGUGGAUUUGUGUUGUAACUGUUUGCACAUCAGAGUCACUGAGAGACCCCCAGUUUCCUGUUCAGGAUAAUAAAUAGCCCCCCCACCCCACCGGCCCCUGAAGUAAGUGCUUAUAGUUCCUGAUGCCUUUAUAUCUCCAUGUUCUGCUGCAGACACCUCGUUUCCCUCUGAUCAGGGUCAGGCUUCGCUGACCUGUCAGAAACUCUUCUCUCUCCUCUGGGUUUUUCCUCCGUGUACAGUACAGUAUUGGGUGUUUUCCACCCGGUGCAUUCACUGCAGCCUCAAUGAGGUCACUUUUAACAUAAUCCACUUCUUUAGGAAUUACUUUGCAAACAAACUGGGCUUCAGGAGAAAACACACAGACGUGCAAAGAUUCGCUUCUUUAGGGGGCUUCUGUCCCUUCACAAGCUUCUGAGUUAUUUAUAUGAGACCAGCAUUGACUAAAAUGAGUUUUACUGUGCCAAUGAUAUGCACUUUGCUGCCCCAAAAUGAUUGUAUUUGGACUCUUAUUUGUUCUUUAUGGUUGGUAAAGACUAAAUUAGCUUCUUUUUAUAAUGUAAAUUCAAAUGUGGAUACACAUAGAACAAGACGUGCUUGUUUGAAUGAUUUGUCCCCUUUUACACAUGGCUGGGGCUAAACUGAGACUCAUGGGAACUGAAACUCUUUUUUUAUUAUUAUUAUUUUCAAAGUGUACUAGGAGGUUUCCAAAAGUGCUUCAGUAUUUUUUAAGAAGACAGAUAAUCAUUUUUCAAAAAUGCAUCAUACGUUAUUGAAUGUAAUGGUUUUUUCGAUUUCUUUUGUUUUCACUUCGAUCGUUUGCAAACUUUUUGUUCAGUUUUUUUUUCAAUCCGAUUGUUACUUAUUCCUAUGCACACUCACCUUUUGCUGUCACCUUCUGAAAAUAGGGAAAUUCAUUUUAUACUUUUUAUUUCGACUUUUUUUUUGUACCUGCCCUCCCAUAUUCCUGAGACUGAGGACACCAGCUUUAGUAAACAAAUAAUAUAAACUUUGUACACUGUUUUUACUUGUCUCUUUCAAAUUGAUGAAAUAAAAGGUCUUAACAAUGA